AUGGGAUGUUUAAGGACAGCCAGCCAGCAUGAGUCUUUUUGUUUGAUCGACAUAAAAUCUGAAGUUGACCGCGCGCAUUCCGUCCAUACGGCGACGCCGCUGAGUCGCGCCGUACUCUGUACCCACACGGAGGCUCCAGCCUACAGCGAGCCUCGGCCGGUACCCGCGCGCCACUAUCUUGCCGCAUUCCACCGAUUCGAAGUCGCGGCGCGCCCCGUGCGUGCCUUCGCCGCCGACCCACGCGACCGCUUUGCUUCGCUCAGUCGCACUAGCGCGCCCAUGGACUUUGUGCGCCUCGACGUCAAUCCUGCUUUGGAUUUAUCUAUUCAUGUGCGAGUAACAGUGGUCUCGAGAUGCGACAUGCGUGCUCUGUGUUCGGUUCGCGGGCCGUUGGGCGGCGACACGCGCGCUCUCGGCGCGGGCGCGCGAUUCCUGUCCCUGCGCAUGCCCGGACAACCCCAACCCCUCCACUUCGUUGUCGAAGCCAAAGCGAGGGCCAAGGAAUUGAAAUGCUUGGCCAGUGCUCACACACAACUACAAGGCAUGACCGACACCGAUCUCUUCGGUCUAGCAGUCUUACAAAAUGGAGAGUACUUGUUUGUUGACUUAGACAGCAAACUAUCAAAGUAUGCGCCAAAGAGUUGGAGAUCAUCACAUACACACGGUUUGGACGCGAAUGGGAAGCCGCUUCUUGAAUUGCAUCUAGUCGUGCAAUUUCAUGUGGAGAGCCCGCUUUUAUUGCACGAUGAGGUUGGCCGUCAUUUGUACUUCCUGCAGUUACGACAAAAUUUGCGCUCACGGGAUGCGCUUCCAGCCGAAGUAUUUCUACUACUUACCGGGUUAGCGUUACAAGCAGAAUAUGGUGACGCCGACAGUUAUGAAGAUAGAGACUACUUUAGAGCCGAGGAUUAUGCCCCUGUAUCUCUCACUGGUGAUUGGGUAUCGGCAGCGAUGCGUGCAUGUCAUCGAGAACACAAAGGCCUCUCAAAGUCCGACGCUGAAACCAGAUUUAUACGGGAAGUCUGCCUUCUCCCUGACACAAUAAAUUCACAUAGAUACCGCCUAAAACAGUCUAAAACCGAACCCGAACCCGGGACGGUGUGGCUUCUCGUCACAGCGAAAGGUAUUAAAAUUUUACCUGAUAAUGGACCACUUUCCACUUUUAUUUGGAGUGCAAUUGGUAAAUUGAGUUUUGAUAGAAAAAAAUUUGAGAUUAGGACAGAAGAAGGCAAAAUUACACUGUUUUCAUCAAGUGAAGAAAAGUGCAAAUAUCUUUUUGCUCUUUGCAAGGAGACACAUCAAUUUUCAAUGAAAAUUGCUCCUAAGUUUAACGAAAUACUUAGAAAAGAAGAAGAGGAACGAAAAAAUUGCUUUGGAUAUUCAAAAUCACUAAAUUUACAGUAUAAUCAAAAUAAAAGUGAACAGAGAAUAUCCGUAAUAUCUUCUACAAGUUCGAACACAACUUCAGGAAUCGUUAGCGACAGAGUUCAAUCUGAAGAUGAAUUAGAAAUUAUGAUAGAUUCUCCUCCAGCACCUUCAACGGAAAGUUUAGCUUUUGCUCAUUUGCUUGACAGUUCCAAUUCUUACUUUAUUUGUCAUAAACCUCAGGAUAAUCAACCCCUAACUAAAACAUCGUCAUUACAAUUGCAAAGAUCUAAAGUUCGUGUAAAAAAAAAUAAAGAAGAUGGUGAAUCUGCAAGUAGAAAUGAAAUUCAAUUAUUAGAACCACAUUCUAAUAAUCAGUCAGAAGAAACUACUUCUUUACCUGAUCAAAGUAUUACAGAAGCUUUGACAGAUAGUCCAAGGUCAAAUAAGUUAAAAUGUACUGGUUCACAGUGUUCCUCAUCUUGUAGUACGGUCAUAAUGGCUAGGACGGGUUUAAGUACAUUAAGCAGAACAUCUAACACAAGCAGUUUAGAAUUAGGAUAUAGCCAUACCGCUCAAAACUCUAUGAUUAGUGACAAUAGUACAGUAGGAAUAGAUGUUGAAUAUUCUCAAGAUGCAGCAUCGGCUCUGUAUGAUGGUUUAGGGCAACCAGUGACUGUCGCCGCAUCAAGCGAGACCAGCGGAGUCUACACCAUGAGCAGUUCCGAACUUACUGCAAGAUCUAAAAUGGACACCUUAUUUGAAGGCAAUAGGACAGAUUACGGGAGCUCACACUACGACAGCUAUAAACCCGCUAAGGAAAAUGAUCUUGCUGACUUCGACAGUGUUUCAUCAAUAUUAAAAAAUAAAUUAGAAAGAACUAGUCAUUCAACGAAUACAUUAAGACUAAAAGCGUCUCAUUCUAGUACAGAUUGUGUUGAUGGUACGACAAAUUUUUCAAACCAAGAACAGCAUGACAAAGAAAAUAUAUUCAGAGAAAGAACUAAUUCAAAUGUAAGUGCUAUGUCAUUUCACGGUGAUGGAAGUGAUCCAACAGAUAAUAAACAUAACUUACUGACUGCAAGUGAACUAAGUGACCUAAUUGUGGGCAGAGGAGUAUAUCCGAAAAGCCAAUCUGUUAGUGACACAUUAGACUCUGUAUCAGAUUACGUCAGAUUACCGUUACCUUUUUCUGGUGACAGUUAUCUACAAGGGCAUGAGGACACGGCUCCUUCUGAUGAUCACUAUCCAAAUAACUCUUUCUUUGACAGUCCACCGACACCCCCGACUAGAAUUGAUAGCCGCAAACUGCUCAAUUUAUCGUUGCCAAAUAUUUUUGAUAUAAAUGCUGAUACACCUAUUCGACCUUCGUUUCCUGACAAACCACCGCCUCCCUAUGAAUAUAAUCACAGAACUGUUUCAUCAUAUUUGCCACCUACAACAAAAGCGCCGCCAGCUUAUCCGGGCACAACAUUGUCAUCACCUUUAAAACAGUUAAACGAAAAAGAAGAAGUAGCAGCUAGAGUCGUAACAUCAAAACCAAUGAUAACUAUUCUAAAAGCAGAAGCAGGCGAAGUCAAUACCUCAAGCGAAAGAACAUUCGCUAGUCCCAUGGUGUUAGAACAUAAAUUUCAGAAAGUCAAACGACACCAAGCUUCUAGUCGGAGAGCAGAAAGAUCAAAAUUAGCGCAAGGAAUCACUAAUAGUCUCUCACCAUCGAGAGAUGUGCCACCUCAUGCUGUUGAUUCUAAUGUGCUUGUAGCAAUGAUGAAAUUACCGCCGCCCCCUCCACCACCGAGGCGGGUGCGGCUUCCUCCACCACCGCCUGUAACUCGGCUGCCUCCGCCGCCUCCACCACAUAAUCCUAUGUUUCACAAACAGUUAUAUAGUGAUGUUGAUUACGUCUACUAUCCAAUGCAAGACCCAGCUGUUUCCCAACAAAACUACCUUGACCACAAAUUAACUGAAACGAGGGUUUCAAAUAUGCACAAAAAUGGUCUUCAAUAUAGAAGCACGCCUUAUUUGUCCACAUCCUUGUCUGCAUCGUCCAUGUAUGGCUCGAUACAAAAUCUCUCGGAUUCUUACGUGCAGUUACCAGGAACGCGGACGAGUUGGUACUCCUUAACAAGUAGAACAUCACUGAGUAAUCACUCCAUAAAUCUCGAAAGGCCAACUUUGUCGGCACGAGUACCAGAUACACAUUUCUUACGAACAAAUUCAGAUGAAAAUGUUUUGAAUACAAAAGACCCGCCCCCAGUUAAAAUUAGAAGAAUGCCUCCACCUCCUCCGCCUCCAUACGAGUAUAAAAAAAAACUUUUGGCUCAUUCAAGGGAAGUGAAUGUUCCCCCCAGCAACCUAAAUGUGAAUUGUGACGUGAAUGAUAAAGUGAAAGACUCAAAAUGUGAUUUAGACAUUAAAACUCUUCGAGAGAAAAGUAAAAACCUAGAUUUGCCCUUAAUAGCGGCACUGUGUAACGACCGGUCGUUGUUGAAACAAACUAAAGCAUUUGGUGCUCAAAAGUUAACAAAACAAGCAGGUAGUGACUGUGAAAGUGAACGGAAGUGUGUAAAGUCUGUUCCAUACACCACCGAUAACAUAGAUCUUAAGAACAAACCUGAGUGUAAUGAUAAGAAGAUAACUACAGGGUCUCAAAAAAAAAUUUUAAUACGAAACCCUACAGAUAAGCUUCCAGCAUUACCGGUUAAUGAAACACAUACGCCAAGAGCAUUGUCCAAUACAUAUGUCAUGCAUCCAACCGUACCUAAAAGUAAAAAGCUCCAACCGAGCUCAUGA